AUGACUAUCUUUGUCGCUUCUUUAUUCCUACCUUACACGGUCAACUUUCGUGUCGACAGGUCCCCCGAAAAGUCGCCCUACCUCAGUCCCAGGCCGGCAUCUCUACGAGGAUCACCACCGCGCAAUGCGUCCAACACGGCCACCGCGAGCCUGUUCCACAAGGCUGAGAAUGGUUCGGCUAAGAAAGGCCUGACUCCCGGCGCGACGACAGAACACGAACGCAUCUUUGUCGCCGACGCCAAAAACAAGACACAGAAUAAUAACCACAACAACAACAACAACAACCACCACCAGAAACAUGAAAAUAAUCACAUCUACCCGUUUUCCAAUUCCAAUACGGAUGAACCCCUAAAUACCUUGUCGCAAAGUGAAGGUCAUCCUCCUCUUUGGGGAGCGACCAAGACCUUGAACCAGCCCCGGCCGAGGACGUAUGUCCCUCUACCCUCGCCCUCAAUUCUAAACCACCAGGAGCCCUUUAAGUUAGACACUGAGAAACCAGUUUCCGGGAUCGAUGCAUUAAAGUUAGAAGAACGACAACAAAAGACUCGUCUCACAUCCCGUGGCUCUUUUUCAUUCUCCGAUGCCGACUGGGGUAUCGAAUACACCGAGCAAGGGAACAAUGGCCUCCGGAACGCCAUACGCUCGGCGAGCCUAACUACCCUGACUGACGAUACGGUCUGGGUUGGCACUCUCGGCAUGCCCACGGAUGCACUAAAUCAACAUGUCAAGGCAGAGAUUGCCGAGAGACUCGAGGACCAGUUCCAGUCUCUGCCUGUGUUUGUAAAUGACGGCGACUUUGAUGGUCACUAUACCCACUUUUGCAAAACAAUCCUAUGGCCGGUGUUCCACUAUCAGAUCCCUGACAAUCCCAAGAGCAAGGCUUACGAAGACCAUUCGUGGAUUUAUUACGUCAAGCUCAACGAGGCGUUUGCCCAAUGUAUUGCUAAAAAUUGGAAGCGCGGCGAUACUAUCUGGAUUCACGAUUACCAUCUGCUUUUGGUGCCCGCCAUGCUCCGCAAACUACUGCCGGACGCCCAGAUUGGCUUCUUCCUGCACGUUGCAUUUCCCUCGUCGGAAGUGUUUCGGUGUCUAGCACCGCGGAAGGAACUCCUCGAGGGCGUAUUGGGCGCAGAUCUCAUCGGGUUCCAGAUUGAAGAAUACUGUAGACACUUUUUACAAACGUGCAGUCGCAUUCUAUGUGUAGAGGCUCGUAACAAUGGAGUCCAGCUAGAAGACCGUUUCGUGAACGUGGACAAGUUUCCAAUUGGAAUCGACCCCAAGUCCUGGGAUUACAGGCGCCAAAGCCCUGAUGUUGACCACUUUAUCAACAUAAUUUCAGAACGGUAUCAGGGCAAGCGGCUGAUUGUCUCCCGGGACAAGCUCGAUUCGAUCCGAGGCGUCAGACAGAAGCUUCUGAGUUACGAGCUCUUUCUCAAUACGUAUCCCGAGUUCCGUGACAAAGUUGUCCUCAUCCAAGUUGCCUCGUCUGCAAACGAGCAGAUGGAGCUCGAAACUACCAUCUCGGACAUUGCAAUGCGGAUAAAUUCCACUCACUCGACACUAGCACAUCAGCCACUAGUAUUCCUUAAGCAAGAUCUCAGUUUUGCGCAGUACCUGGCUCUCAUCACCGUCGCUGACGCGCUGAUGGUGACCAGUCUCCGUGAAGGCAUGAAUCUGACGAGCCAUGAAUUCGUGUAUUGUCAGGACGGCAAAUACGGGCCCAAGGCUCACGGGUCAUUGAUUCUCAGCGAGUUUACUGGCAGUGCGUCGAUAUUUGACGGACAUGCACUGUUGGUCAACCCGUGGGACUACCGCCAAUGCGCAGAGGCAAUCCACACGGCGCUGACAUUAAGCGAGUCGGAGCGAGAAGCCAUUUGGCGCAAGCUGUACGACGCAGUGCUGCGGAAUUCGACGACUAACUGGGUCAAGUCGUUCCGCGAUGCGCUGUCAAAAGUGUGGAACGAGCACUCGUCGCGGGAAACAAUUGCUGUGCCCAGACUGUCGGUACCUCGCUUGGAAGAGGCUUACAAGAAGAGCAACAGACGGCUACUUUUCCUCGACUACGAGGGCACGCUGGCAUCAUGGGGCUCGCCCUCCAGUAUCAUCCUGACCACGCCACAACGGGCACUGAUCACACUAGCCGACCUUCUCGAGGACCCCAAAAACAUUGUUUACGUGAUGAGCUCGAGAAGGCCCGAGGAAAUGGAGCGGCUCUUCCGCCAGGUCUCUGGAAUUGGCCUAAUUGCUGAAAACGGCUGCUUCGUGCGAGAGCCGUCCAAGGAUAGCUGGAUCAAACUCAGCCAGGGCAAGGACACGCAGGAGUGGAAGGCCGGCACCAAGGGAAUCCUUAACUAUUUCCGCGAGCGAACCGAGGGCAGCUGGAUCGAGGAGCUCCACUGCUCUCUUGUUUUCCAUUAUGGUGGUGCAGAGGACAAAGUUGCCGCGGCGCGCCAGGCCUCUGAAUGCGCAGAUCACAUCAACGACGCCUGUGCUAAUCAGCGUGUGCACGUUAUCCCCGUGGAAGGGGCGUUGAUUAUCCAGUCGUUUGAUACCAACAAGGCCAACGCGGCCGAGCUCGUCUGGCGGUAUUGCAUUGAGUACGGCAAGCGAAACGGGGUUGAUGGAACGCCAGACUUUUUGUUUGUCGUCGGGGACGACCGUGAAGACGAGGUGGUGUUUCACUGGGCUAAUAAGUUGCACGACGCCAAAGCGGUGGAGGAGGCCAUGACGGUGACGCUGGGCUCGCGCAGCACCGAGGCGAAAGCCACGCUGACGCAGGGCGUGACUGGUGAGUUUUUGCUCUUGGGCAUGUCUGACAUGUCAAUGCUAAUUCGAUUGUGUAGGGGCCUUAUCUUGUCUUCAACGGCUGGCUGCAUCAAACUGACAAAUCACAUCUCCAAUCACGGAAACAUGACGCCACCGCACACCCAAGCAUACGAAGAUGCGCUGACCAUCACGCCCGAGUCAUCGCAUACGUAUUCAGCGAACCUCAGUCUAGCCUGGGCGAUUGGCGCAGUCCCCCAUGGCGGCUACACCAUGGCUGUGCUGUACCGCACCGCCAUUGCACAUUUUAAACACACGCAUCCAACCCGCCACAACGCAGACCCAAUGCCCAUUGCCAUGCAAAUGUCAUUUCUCCGACGCAGCGCCGUCGGCCCGGCGCUGCUGAUCAUCGAAGAUGCGAAGCUGGGCGCGAGGACGUCGACAAUACACGUGACGCUUGCGCAGACAGAUCCGCGCGACAACAAACAAACAGCACGCGUGGUGGGAUACAUCACGGUUUCUGAUACAGUCUCAGAUGUUGGCCCCACGAGCAUAUCAGACUGGACUCUCUAUCCACCUCCGCCGAGUGAUCAACCACCAGAGGUGCGUCUGACAGCGGACGGGUCAUCGUUUGAACUCGUGCCAGACAGCAGCAGCAACAGUGUGUGGAAAGUUGUCGGAUCGACGUUUUCCGACUUUCGACGCGCGGGGAACCACUCCGUAGUGUUUGGGCCAGCGAGUGACAAGCAGCGCGUCGGGAUCGUGGAUCAAUGGGCUCGACUGCGGACGACGGGGCCUCAGGGGGGACCGGGACGCUGGACGAACGAGACGACGAUGGUGUUGAUGGAUUUGUUCCCCAUGGCAUUGGGCGAGAUCGAUCAGCAGGCAGGAGCAUCCAACGACAAGGCGACGCCACCGUUUUGGUUUCCGACGGUGACGCUGAAUGUCGAUUUCAAGAAACGGCUGCCGGCCGAGGGCGUCGACUGGCUGUACUGCCGGGUCAACAUGAAGGCAGUGCGCAACGGGCGGACAGAUAUCGAGGUGAUUAUGAAGGACGAAACGGGCGAUAUUGUGGCGCUGGGGUCGCAGGUCGGACUGGUGGUCAGUGCAGCGCGCAACACGAGCGGACGCGAGUAUGGGAAGAAAGCGAGGAUAUAA